AUCUUCCCCGCCAUAGGGAGUCACCUUGUCGCGGUGGCGGGGCUUGAAGCGCAGUCGGCGGUGCCACCUUCUCUGAUGGCUCGCCUGUCACUGAAGGGUUGGGUGCCCGUCGGCUCCGUGGACCAAGCGCUCCCUCUUCGGCGCCAUUUAAAUGCGAUGUUGAGGCGCCUUCCACUCCUCCCCCUUUUUUUUUUUUAUCAAUAAAUAAAUCUAUCACUGUGUUUCCUUCUCAAACUUCCUUUCUAACUGUUUUAUUAUUGAGACAGACGGUCAUUGUGAUGUUUCUCAGCCAAAGAACACUUCACUUUCGAUCUCUAAAUUUUCUGAAUGUGGGCAGAGCACACUUAAUGUUGUUCAUUGCCUCUGAAUUUCAUUUCCUCCAUUAAUCAACUUGACACAGUUUUCCAGAUCUUCUUUAAUUAUUCUUCAAUUCCUCUUAUUUACACUGAAUAUUUUCGAUCUAAUCUUUACUGAUAACCUAAAUCUCAAGCUUCUUAUUUCAUCUCUAGCUGAAAGAGCUUCUAUGAAUUUAAGUAUUCUACUAGAUCGUCACCGCCUGUUUUUCUCACCACAUCCCCAGUAGUACAAUGCCUCAUCCGUUCACGUCUAGAGUCCAGUAAAGUGUGCCCUGUCACCGCAGUGCAAAACCUGGAAAGGCUUCUGUUUUGAAAAGACGAACUCAGAUGCCUGCAUUAACGGAGACGUCUCCAAGGACGGAUGUGAGGGCAAGGAAUGUGCUUGCUGUAUGCCAAGACCAGUAAAAUGCGCCCCGUCACCGCAAUGCACAGCCUGGAAGGGCUUCUGUUUUGAAAAGAUGAACCCAGAAGUCUGCACUAACGGAGACGUCUCCAAGGACGGCUGUGAGGGCAGCGAAUGUGCUUGCUGCAUGCCAGGACCAGUAAAGUGUGCCCCGUCACCGCAAUGCAAAGCCUGGAAGGGCUUCUGUUUUGAAAAGAUGAACCCAGACGCCUGCACUAACGGAGACGUCUCUAAGGACGGCUGUGAGGGCAGCGAAUGUGCUUGCUGCAUGCCAAGACCAGUAAAGUGUGCCCUGUCACCGCAAUGCAAAGCCUGGAAGGGCUUCUGUUUUGAAAAGACGAACCCAGAAGUCUGCACUAACGGAGACGUUUCCAAGGACGGCUGUGAAGGCAGCGAAUGUGCUUGCUGCAUGCCAAGACCAGUAAAGUGUGCCCCGUCACCGCAAUGCAAAGCCUGGAAGGGCUUCUGUUUUGAAAAGACGAACCCAGACGCCUGCACUAACGGAGACGUCUCCAAGGACGGCUGUGAGGGCAGCGAAUGUGCUUGCUGCAUGACAGGACCAGUAAAGUGUGCCCCGUCACCGCAAUGCAAAGCCUGGAAGGGCUUCUGUUUUGAAAAGACGAACCCAGACGCCUGCACUAACGGAGACGUCUCUAAGGACGGCUGUGAGGGCAGCGAAUGUGCUUGCUGCAUGCCAAGACCAGUAAAGUGUGCCCUCUCACCGCAAUGCAAAGCCUGGAAGGGCUUCUGUUUUGAAAAGACGAACCCAGAAGUCUGCACUAACGGAGACGUUUCCAAGGACGGCUGUGAAGGCAGCGAAUGUGCUUGCUGCAUGCUAAGACCAGUAAAGUGUGCCCCGUCACCGGAAUGCAAAGCCUGGAAGGGCUUCUGUUUUGAAAAGACGAACCCAGACGCCUGCACUAACGGAGACGUCUCCAAGGACGGCUGUGAGGGCAGCGAAUGUGCUUGCUGCAUGCCAGAACCAGUAAAGUGUGCCCCGUCACCGCAAUGCAAAGCCUGGAAGGGCUUCUGUUUUGAAAAGACGAACCCAGACGCCUGCACUAACGGAGACGUCUCUAAGGACGGCUGUGAGGGCAGCGAAUGUGCUUGCUGCAUGCCAAGACCAGUAAAGUGUGCCCCGUCACCGCAAUGCAAAGCCUGGAAGGGCUUCUGUUUUGAAAAGAUGAACCCAGACGCCUGCACUAACGGAGACGUCUCUAAGGACGGCUGUGAGGGCAGCGAAUGUGCUUGCUGCAUGCCAAGACCAGUAAAGUGUGCCCCGUCACAGCAAUGCAAAGCCUGGAAGGGCUUCUGUUUUGAAAAGACGAACCCAGAAGUCUGCACUAACGGAGACGUCUCCAAGGAUGGCUGUGAGGGCAGCGAAUGUGCCUGCUGCAUGCCAAGACCAGUAAAGUGUGCCCCGUCACCGCAAUGCAAAGCCUGGAAGGGCUUCUGUUUUGAAAAGACGAAUCCAGACGCUUGCACUAACGGAGGCGUCUCCAAGGACGGCUGUGAGGGCAAGGAAUGUGCUUGCUGCAUGCCAAGUCCAGUAAAGUGUGCCCCGUCACCGCAAUGCAAAGCCUGGAAGGGCUUCUGUUUUGAAAAGACGAACCCAUACGCCUGCACUAACGGAGACGUCUCCAAAGACGGCUGUGAGGGCAGGGAAUGUGCUUGCUGCAUGCCAAGAAAGUCAACUACCACCACAACCACCACCACUACUACUACUACUACUACUACUACU